CAGUUCCCGAGCCUCCCCUCCCUUUCCCCCCUCCUGCACCCAGGACAAAGCCAUGAAGCAGGCUCUCCUGGAAGUAAUGAGGAUGAACAGGAUUUGCAGAAUGGUCUUGGUCACUUGCUUGGGAUCCUUUAUCCUAGUCAUCUUCUAUUUCCAAAGUAUGUUGCAUCCAGUCAUGCGUAGGAAUCCAUUUGGAGUGGACAUCUGCUGUCGGAAGGGCUCUAGGAGCCCACUGCAGGAGCUCUACAACCCAACUCAGCUCGAGCUGUCGAACACGGCGAUCCUCCACCAGAUGAGGAGAGACCAGGUCACGGACACCUGUCGGGCCAACAGCGUGUCCAGCAGGAAACGCCGCGUGCUGACUCCGAAUGACCUCCGGCACCUGGUGGUGGAUGAAGAUCACGAGCUCAUCUACUGCUACGUGCCCAAAGUGGCUUGCACCAACUGGAAGAGAGUCAUGAUGGUCUUAACGGGCCGGGGAAAAUACAGCGAUCCCAUGGAGAUUCCAGCCAAUGAAGCCCACAUCUCUUCCAACCUGAAGACCCUCAACCAGUACAGCAUCCCAGAGAUCAAUCACCGCUUGAAAAGCUACAUGAAGUUUCUGUUCGUCCGCGAGCCCUUCGAGAGACUUGUGUCGGCCUACAGGAACAAAUUCACCCAGAAGUACAACACCUCCUUUCACAAGCGCUAUGGCACAAAGAUUGUCAAGCGCCAGAGGAAGAACGCCACCCAGGAGGCCCUGCGCAGAGGGGAUGACGUGAAAUUUGAGGAGUUCGUGGCCUAUCUCAUUGACCCCCACACCCAGAGAGAGGAGCCGUUCAACGAACACUGGCAAACCGUGUACUCCCUCUGCCAUCCCUGCCACAUCCAUUAUGACCUCGUGGGCAAAUAUGAGACGCUCGAAGAGGAUUCCAAUUACAUCCUUCAGCUGGCGGGAGUAGGCAGCUACCUGAAGUUCCCCACCUAUGCAAAGUCUACGCGAACUACUGAUGAAAUGACCACGGAAUUCUUCCAGAAUAUCAGUUCGGAGCAUCAGACACAGCUGUUCGAGGUGUACAAACUUGAUUUUUUAAUGUUCAAUUACUCAGUGCCAAGCUACCUGAAACUGGAAUGAAGAGAGAGCGGGAAUGACGCCUGUUUUAUUUAAGAUUUUUAUUUGUCCAAAUGAAUAUAUGGGUACUGGGUUAUUUUGUAAAUUAAGAUUUCUUUUUGAAUGAUGCUGCGAGCAGCACAGUGAGAAUUAUUUAAUUCAUUUGUAGGGAAGGACAGCUCUCUUGGCAGGCUAACAGAAUGGUGAUGUCCUCGUUUUAGAAAUGAAUACUGCAACAUUGUUUCAAACUUUAAUUGCGUUCUGGUGAAUUUCAUUUAAUCGUGCAUUCUUCAACUUCUGCCUAAUGUUAUUUAUAGCUAUUUAAACGUGGUCUCUGGGUAGCGGCAGCAGAAUUCUAGUGCUUUGCCAAAAGAAAUAUGUUUUAUACUUUAUUGGAUGGAGCCCAAGUUGGGCCACUACUGUCUUCGGUAUUAACCUCCGAUGGAGCCGAUGGGUAACAAUUGUUGAAAAAUAUUUAUUGAGUCUGCAAUUUUGGAAAUUCCGGGAGCAAUAAAAAGGUUGAUACUGCACUCCAAAAAGAUGACGAGCCUUCCAACUCUGAAGAGGAAGGAUUAAGAGCAGAUUUGUAAUAGGACUUUAUAGAGAUCCCUGAUGGAGACAAAUGUGAAAACUUGUAACCCAAGGCGAGGAAAAAGCCUUAGUGUUUGUGUUUGUUGAAGGCGGCCAAGGGCCGUCCCUAGCAGAUUCCAAAAGGAUUCUAAGUUAGGUGACGGGUGAAGUGUCCGUUGCUAGAGAUUGAUUUAUGUUCUGUAUCGCCAUAGGUGGGAACUGUAAGGGCCGACCCCCAAAACCCCCAGAAGGAUGAUAGGGAGAAAUGGCCCGUGUGAUCACGCUCUCUUCCUAAGUGGCAAUAUCCUAUUCCCUUCUCAAGAAUUGUUGCCUUCACAGCCUCUUUUCCCCUAGCCUAGUGAUACUUUCUAUUUAUUGUUCCUCAUUAACACUCAGUCUGUGCUUCUGAUUUUGCACCAUUUCCUAUUACACCAGGAGUAGAGUAUGAGACACGUCCCUUUUCUAGAAGGUGAGUGUGGAGGUAGCAGCCGUUUGUCUUUCUGUAUAUAACGAGAAUUUGCGGUGGGUUUUUGUUUUGUUGUCUUAAGGCAACAUCUAGUGCUGGAAUGAAUACAGACUUUCCAAACAGACUGGAUAAUUUAUUCACAGAAACUAUUAAAAGUGUAUUAUAAGAUGCCUAGAAAGCUCAGUGAGCAAGCAGUAGCGGCAUCUCCAAGUGAUCGACUGUCUAUAUCUAACGGGAGACCUGAAGCCGUAGCCACGGUUGAAAUACUAUUUGUGAAAUGUGACAGAUCUUCUACCAGGUUGCCUCGUUCAGGGAAGACGGCGCCGAGAACAAAGUCAUUGUAGCUCUAGAGAUGUAAAAAUGGACAGUCUAUUUUACAGGGCCUAUUUGCCUCGGGCUCAACCGGAAUAGUGGAGGUCAGCCCUCUCCGUUUCCUCCUUCUGCCAUACAGCACGUCUAGACGGGCACCACAGGUGACGGCGUCCCUAAACCCACAACUGGUGAUCUUGAAUCAGAGCGGGAUUUUGUUUUUCAAAAAUCCUCCUUCCCUCCAAAUCCGCUCACCUCAAGGAUGCCCGUGGUUUCCCCAGCAAGGCUGUUUCAAGAGCUAGCUGUCAAGUCUCAUCCACUGCAACAAAGAGUGAAUUUUUCCACAGGUUAAGAGAGCUUCUUCAAGUAGGCUGGACCUUUGAUGUUGUAAGGUGAAUUGUGGCCUGCUGCACUUUUUCAGGUACAAAAGGGACUGUCUUUACGAUUACUCUUGUUACAGAGAGUGUUAUUUUCUUACGUGCAUGCACAGUAUAUAUUAUGUACAUAUAAUUUAACAUCUAUGUGGGUUUGGAUUUUUUUUUUACCUAUUUGUAUGCAGUAGAAGGCUUGUUGUAGAAAACUCCUCGUAUCUUAAUGUACUGUUAAAGAAAGAAGCUGAAUUAUUAGAUUGCCAACAAAAGCGUAAAAUGUCCAUGAACCUUCCUCAAAAAAAAAAGCCAUUCAAGCCUGAUUAUUUUUCUAAGUAACUUCAAUUAAAUUGAAGAAAGAAAAAA